AUGAAAGUUGACAACGCUUUUGAUAAAACGGAAUUACUGCAACACCUCAAGACUGCUUACGCACUGCCAUUGCAGUCCAUAACGUUUUUGCCCGAAGGCGAGGAUAGUUAUGGGUACAUCGCCACGUCCGAGACUGGCGAAAAGUAUUUUGCCAAAGCGUCUACUUCUGUGCCGGAUAUUUGCUUGCAAUAUGUGUCGCUCCUUCGGUACCGAUGUGACAUAUCUGGCGUUGUUGCUCCAUUGGAAACAUCAGAUGGUAGAAGUCGCUGGGACCUGUGGAAAGUCGGAAAAGACUUCACCGAUGCGGAACUCGAUCAGACGGCUGCGCUGUUAGCGACAAUCCAUCUUUGCACGAAUGAGAUUGACACAAGACCCGCUGAGAAAGAUCUUGUCGCUUUUACUGGGGAACGGUUCGAUGUGGUCUUGGACGGUUAUGUUGAGAGAAAACGGAACGGCGUUACCCUACAUGUAGACAUUUUCGGUUUCUAUAUCUAUGAAUGGACGCUCAAUGAAAUUCGAGAUUACAGCACUAAAAUUCUGUUUAAAAAUAAGGACACGCAACAGAACGAAUAUGACUGGGAGAGCCUGCAAGACUACUUACCACCGAAUCGGGAAUUGAUGGAAGAUGGAAUUGCGGCUAUUCAAGGCACACUCGAUAAGUAUGGUGUCCUACCGAAAUAA